UUUUUCAUUACUUUUGGCUGUUAAGUAACAACAUGGCGACAACCUUGUGUCGUUUUUUGAGAAAGACGAUUGUAAAUACGUGUAGAGUUCCCGCAGUGUACUCUCAUACACUGUCACAAACAGCAGAAACGAAGCCAGUGGAUAAGUCAGAAAAUCAGAAAGAUACUUCCAUUUCCACACCUCAAGGGGACCAAGCACCUGCUGAAAUCGACAGCGUAUAUCGUGCAAAUGCAGAAACUUUAUAUGAAAUGCUAACAGCUGAAGAAACAAAGGAUGUGUUUGCAACAGGUGUGAUACACAUGACCCCUCAAUAUGGGCAGCAUGAAAAUCCUUAUGUGAUACCAUCAACCAAGGAAAAAAGGCUUAUUGCUUGUCUCUGUGAUGAAGAUUCAAAUACUUUAGAGUAUAUGUGGCUACACAAAGGGGAACCACAAAGAUGUUUGUGUGGAAUAUUCUUCAGGUUAGAAGAAGUUGAUGCAUUUGGAGAUCCCAAAUGAACUUAGAAAUGUUUUCAUCUGUAAAUAUAUAUGUGCAAAAUUAUACAAUUUAUUUAUCAUGUUUAUGUUCAAACUUGUACCUGUUUUUAAAAAGAUUAAAUAUUUAAAAAUUCUC